AAUCACUCACGAACGUUUCGGUGAAUAUAUCACCGGAAAAUACAGCUAUAUAAGAAAGCAAUACGCAGUAAUCUGUUGUAGUCGCCAAGCAUUGCAACGGAUCGACAAGACGUAUUUUUAAUAAACCCGACGAGACAAAUCAACCGAUUCAAAAUGGCUUUGAGUAAUUUGGUGGAAGAAGCUACUAAUUGCUCACAUCCAUUCUUGAAUGGAAUGACAUUAUCUGAUGUCUGUGUAACCAAUCAAAUGGCAUUAUUCUUUUCGUUGCUAAGUACUUUAGUAACCUUCCAUCCUAAGAUAGGCGAUCCCUGUGGGCGAAUCACGCCCGUGGAAAAAACUGAAAUUAUCUACGAUUUCAUUGUUGUAGGAGGUGGAGCCGCUGGCCCAAUAGUAGCAGCUCGAUUAAGUGAAGUUGAAAAGUGGAAGGUACUUUUAAUAGAAGCUGGUCCAGAUGAGCCAGCUGGUGCAGAAAUUCCAAGUUAUUUUCAAGCUUAUCUCGGAACAUCGUUGGAUUGGAAAUACAAAACUACGAACGAAUCUCAUGCCUGCUUAUCUACUAAUAAAAGUUGUAGUUGGCCGAGAGGCAAAAACCUGGGAGGUUGUACCGCUCAUCAUGGUAUGGCUUAUCAUCGGGGACAUGCCAAGGAUUACGAACGUUGGUAUGAAAUGGGUUGCGAAGGUUGGACCUGGAACGAGGUAUUGCCAUAUUUCUUAAUGUCCGAGGAUAAUCGAGAAAUUGGUAGAGUUAGUGCGAAAUAUCAUCGUACCGGUGGAAUCAUGACAGUAGAAAGGUUUCCAUGGCAACCCGACUUUGCUUGGUCCAUUCUCGAAGCGGCCAAUGAAACAGGUUUGGGAGUAACCGAGGAUUUGGUAGGCGAUCAAAUAACAGGAUUCACAGUGGCUCAAACUUUGAGUAAAGAUGGUGUCAGACAAAGUACCGCUGCUGCAUAUCUCAGACCGAAUAAAUAUAAAAACAAAGUUAAAGUUCUCCUAAAUGCAACUGUCACUAAAGUUCUUCUAAAGAACAAGAAAGUUUACGGCGUAAAAUAUAUGAAAGAUGGAAAAACCUAUACAGUAAAGGCAAAACGCGAAGUAAUAUUAUCAGGAGGAACAAUAAAUUCCCCGAAAAUAUUACUUGACUCCGGAAUUGGUCCUAAAAAAGUUUUGAAGUCUGCAAAAGUUCCCUUGGUACAUGAUUUACCAGGAGUCGGUGAAAAUCUGCACAACCACGUAUCUUAUGGUCUAGAUUUUACUUUAAAUCAAAUGCCCCAAUCAAAAUUGAACAUCAAUUCCGCCGAUUUGUAUCUCUACAAUCAGACCGGCCCAUUAUCGUCAUCCGGUUUAGCUCAAGUAACUGGUAUUCUUUCCUCAACUUUUACUACCAAAGAUGAUCCUGAUAUUCAAAUAUUCUUUGCCGGCUAUCAAGCAAUCUGUACUAGUAAACUAGGCAUCGCCGAUCUAACAAUGUACAAUAACAAAGAAACUAUCCAAAUGUCGUCUGUAAAUCUCCAUUCCUUGAGCAGAGGACGUAUAAUGAUAAAAAGCAAUAAUCCGCUUCAUGAUCCAGUAAUCUGGAGCAAUGAACUCAGCCAUAAACAAGACAGUGAGAUUAUUCUUCAGGGAAUUCGCUUUAUCCAAACUUUAGCUAAUUCUUCGGUAAUGGCAAAAUAUAAAUUGGAACACGUUAAAAAGCUAUCAAAACCAUGUUCUGACUAUGAAUACGAUAGCGAUGAUUAUUGGAAGUGCGAAAUACAUUGGAAUACGAGACCGGAGAAUCAUCAAGCCGGUACUUGUAAAAUGGGUUCUACCAACGAUCCAAUGGCUGUUGUUAGUCCUAAAUUAAAAGUCUAUGGUAUUGAAGGAUUGAGAGUAGCCGAUGCAUCGAUUAUGCCAAAAGUUGUGUCCGGCAAUCCCACUGCUCCGAUCAAUAUGAUUGGAGAAAGGUGCGCAGCAUUUAUCAAGAAAGAUUACUUGGAUAAUUAAAUACAUCAUUAUGUAUUCCUAUUAUACGUAUAUGCAAUA